AUGGAUUUUAGUAUUUUGUUAAAAUAUAUUUACACGGACGAACAUACAAUUUCAAAAAUCAAAUCACAUGAUGAAACUAAAGAUAUUGAAGUGCAAUGGUCAAGAUAUAAUUUAAUUUUAAUAGAUAAUCAAAUAUUUUUACCAUAUAAAGAAAUAUCAUUACAAAAUAUAGAUCCUAUAUUACAAUGGACAAUUGGAGAAAUUUUAAUCUUUUAUUAUAAUCACAAGGAUAUAGGCGAUGAAAUAAACGUAAUAGAGAAAAUUGUUCAUUUAUUUAUAACAACAUUAAGAUUAUGUCUUUUAAAAUAUGAAAAUAAUAAUGAACUAUUAUGUGAAAAAAAUGUACAUUUAAUUGAAUUAAUAUCAUUAUUUCAUUAUUCACGUUUAUUUGUUGAUAAUCAACAAAUAGAAAGUAUUAUAAACAGUAAUAAUUUUCGAUCAUAUGCCCGUUUACACCAUAUUAUUUUUCAUGAAAUGGCUGAAUAUAUAAAUAAUAAUUAUAUUUAUAUUAAUAAUAUAAUGAAUGAUUUUCAUGUGGAAUAUUUUAAAAAUAUUAUUAUGAAUUCAAAACGUUUUCUAUCUUUAUUAUUGUUGACAUGUAAUGAGAAGUAUAAUAUGGAUAUAAAUGAAAAUUGUUUAAUUAAACAACUAAACAUUAUUAAAAAUGAAUUAAAUGUAUAUGACGUUAAAUUACCUGUACUUGGUUUAGCUGGAUUAAAUUAUGCUAUUUAUCAAGAUAAAAAAGCAUUAACUGAACCAAUGUGGUCAAAAAUAACAAUGAAUACAAGAUUACUUGUAAAUUUAAUUCAUGAAUUUUUUUAUAUAUUUGUAGGAUCUUAUUUUAAUGAUUUUUCAUAUGGUACAUCUCAUCAAAUAGAAUCUUUAGAAGGUGGAUAUUUGUUAGAAAAACAAGUUUUUGGUACAAUAAAAUAUAAUUUUUGGUAUGAUGAUAGUUGUUGUCAAUUGAUAUUUGAUAAAAAUACAUGGUUAUCAACAACAAAUAGUUGUUUAUUUACAAGUGAUAUAUUAACAAAACUAGAAGAUAUCACAACAAAGAAUCGAAAAUUUCGUAGAAAUGUUACAAAUAUACAAUAUUUUGGAAUUGAAUAUUUUCGUAAUAGAAAAUCUAGAUAUGAAUAA